AUGUUACUUCAUGAGGGGUUCCAAUAUAUAUGUAUAAGGAAGGAAACCACUUAUGCCCUGCAAGUCAUUGUGCCAGCCUCUGGAGCCCCCCCCCCCCCCCCCAGAACACUGCGCCAGCCUCAGGAGCCCCCCCAGAACACUGCGCCAGCCUCUGGAGCCCCCCCAGAACGCUGCGCCAGCCUCUGGAGCCCCCCCAGAACGCUGCGCCAGCCUCUGGAGCCCCCCCAGAACGCUGCGCCAGCCUCUGGAGCCCCCCCAGAACGCUGCGCCAGCCUCUGGAGCCCCCCCAGAACGCUGCGCCAGCCUCUGGAGCCCCCCCAGAACGCUGCGCCAGCCUCUGGAGCCCCCCCAGAACGCUGCGCCAGCCUCUGGAGCCCCCAGAACGCUGCGCCAGCCUCUGGAGCCCCCAGAACGCUGCGCCAGCCUCUGGAGCCCCCAGAACGCUGCGCCAGCCUCUGGAGCCCCCAGAACGCUGCGCCAGCCUCUGGAGCCCCCAGAACGCUGCGCCAGCCUCUGGAGCCCCCAGAACGCUGCGCCAGCCUCUGGAGCCCCCAGAACGCUGCGCCAGCCUCUGGAGCCCCCAGAACACUGCGCCAGCCUCUGGAGCCCCCAGAUCACUGCGCCAGCCUCAGGAGCCCCCAGAACACUGCGCCAGCCUCUGGAGCCCCCAGAACACUGCGCCAGCCUCAGGAGCCCCCAGAACACUGCGCCAGCCUCUGGAGCCCCCAGAACACUGCGCCAGCCUCAGGAGCCCCCAGAACACUGCGCCAGCCUCAGGAGCCCCCAGAACACUGCGCCAGCCUCUGGAGCCCCCAGAACACUGCGCCAGCCUCAGGAGCCCCCAGAUCACUGCACCAGCCUGAGGAGCCCCCAGAACACUGCGCCAGCCUCUGGAGCCCCCAGAACACUGCGCCAGCCUCUGGAGCCCACAGAACACUGCGCCAGCCUCUGGAGCCCCCAGAACACUGCGCCAGCCUCUGGAGCCCCCAGAACACUGCGCCAGCCUCAGGAGCCCCCAGAACACUGCGCCUGCCUCAGGAGCCCCCAGAACACUGCGCCAGCCUCAGGAGCCCCCAGAUCACUGCACCAGCCUCUGGAGCCCCCAGAACACUGCGCCAGCCUCAGGAGCCCCCAGAACACUGCGCCAGCCUGAGGAGCCCCCAGAACACUGUGCCAGCCUCAGGAGCCCCCAGAACACUCAGCCUCAUAGCUCACUGUGCUAUAGUAAAACAAUACAGACUUACAUAG